UCCACUGCUAAUGUCAGCCUCCAGUCAUGUCGACCCUCCUCAGCACCAUCAUCUUCAUGGCUUUUCUACCAAUACCCAACUGAUGAUGAAUCUCUUCAGCAAAGGAGAGCUGGAGCUGCUGGGAGGAGGAGAGGGCCUGCGAGAUGACAUAGGCGGACCUGGGAUCAGCUGGUCGGCCAAUCGACUGCCAGAGGACAUGUACCCGGCAUCGGGAUUGGGCCUGGCCGCAGCCUAUCAUGACAUUAAGACCCGGCUGGCCAGUCUGGAGAGGGAAAACAGCAGCAUCAAGAGGAAACUGAAACACUAUGAGGUCAAGUUUCCCAUGAUCAGUGAAUUUGGAGAGGAGAGGAUAGUUUUUUAUUCCUGUGAGCCAAUCAUCAAGGACACCAGUGUCAUUCAAUCGCAGACCACUAACCUACAGCAGAGGAUCAACUCGCUCACUCAGGAGCUUCAGAAGAGUAAGGAGAGAGAGGAGAGGCUGGAGGAAGUCAUCCAGGCAUACGAGAAGAUUCACUUGGAGAAAAGCAACCUCCAAAGAGACCUAGACAAGAUGACUACUCUUGCAGAGCAGCAUGUGGAGAGGAUCUGCAGUUUGGAGUCGGCUCUGAGACAGAGAGAAACUUCUCUUCAGAAACUCAGCGCUCAACUCCACAGCAAAGACGCACAUCAGUCUGAACUCCAUGCCAGCCUGGACGUCCCCAGAGAGGGUCGUGGGCCGACACUGCAGAGCUCCCGCAGCCUGGAUGCCCUGUCAGACCUGAAGCUGCAGCGACUGGAGGCCGAACUGGAGGGGGCUCGGCACCAGGCAGAGGGGGCCUGUCAGAGGGAGAAGGAGCUGAGGGCGGAGCUUCAGAGGCUGCAGCAGGAGGUCGCCCAGCUGCAGGAAGCUCAAAGACAGUCACAGGAGAUGGCCCCACACUGUGAGCACUGUGAUGUAGAAUGGAUAAAGAAAGCUGGGGAUGAACAGGUGAACCUGGCAUUAGCCUACACUGAGCUGACAGAGGAGUUGGGUCGGGUUCGCAGUCUAGCUGCAAAACAGAGUGACCUUCUACGAUACCUCUCACAGGAGCCUGGUAGGUCACUUGACAAGGUUAUUGGUGCAAGGACUUCGGGAAAUAGGUUACAUUUUGCAAUCUCUCGUCCUCCUCCGACUUCUCAGCAUCUCUCCCCCACCUCCCCCCAGUGCCCCUCACUCUCCCCUGACAGGCUUCUUCCCACCCCCUCUCCUCCUCUGUCCCUAUGCGACGGCCCUGCGUCCUACUCUCAGCAGCCAACCAGCAGCCGCCUACGAGCAAAGUUCCAGGGUCGCCGAAGUUACUCAGAAGUGUCUGACCCAUCAGCCAUGCAGAGGCCUCCAACGUGCUUCAUGAGGGACCCAGUAUCCACCCUCCCCAAGCCCAGGCCCCUCCUGGGAGAGACACAGGGUUACAGCCAUAACAAAUCUCAGCUCCAUACCAUGUUGGUGGGCCUGGUCAGACCCGCCUCAGCACAUGGAGCUGGAGGGGGGAAAGGGGUAGGAGGGGGAGGAGAGAGAGGUGGGGGCAGCAGUUUGAGCAGCAGUCCUCAUCACCGUGCUCUGGACCUGGGCUUUCCAAUGCCUGCUGAGGUGCAUCACCUCUGUCGCCUUGACAACCAACCUGAGCCUACCCCACUGGUGACACCACCACAGUCCUCUGAUGAUGAAGAGGAUGUAUGUAUGUUUCUGUCGCCUGCUGACAGCCCACCUCGGACUCUGGGUGCAAUUGGGAUUGUCUCAUCCCCACCUAGAGAACAGCCCCUCUACCCCUUGUUCCCGUCUCCAAGGAAACAAUCCCACCAUCCCUCCUUCUCAGCCCCUGAGGGCCCAUCCACCCUUGCCUGCCAUCUGCCUCCCUACAUGAACACGGAGCAUGCUCAGUCAUGGCCUUCCAUUAAUUUAUGGAUGGAGUCAGAGGAGAGUGCUGUUCGCAGCUGUCCUUUGUGUCAGCUGACCUUCCCAACUGGAUACCCUGAUGACGCCCUCAUCAAACACAUCGACUCCCACUUGGAGAACAGCAAGAUCUAACAAAUUUUUUCUUUACACCCGUUUGCCAAGGAGAUAUGUAUCAGACCCAUCUUGACUGAUUUCAAUGCAGAGAAGUUUGAGUGAGUCUGCAUGCUUCUUUCAGCGCUCCCAGUGGAACUUACCCCACCUUCCAGAUACAGACCAAAUCUGUUUUUUUGCACUCCAGACUCAAGAGUUUAUCAUGCAGUUUCCGAGUUGUAAAUCUCUUUGUUCACCAAGGACAUACCUGUUUAAUAUCUCUCACAAAGUACCAUGUUGACAAUUCUGUCAAAUGUCAAAUGGUUGUUUUUCUCCUCUCAUAACCAAACUUCAUUUGUACAGAGACGUGAGUUCUGAAGAAACGGCAGAUGACGAAAAGACAGUAGCUGCAUAUUUCAGAUUCAUCGAUGCAGACAGGAGCUGCUGAAGCUCCAAUGGUAACCUCACAUACUGGAUGUUGGUCUGAGAGCAGCUGUGGGGACAAGAUGUGUUGGAAAACAUCCGACAUGCGUAAUGUCAGGAGCACCUGUUGUUUUAAUUACGCAGCAUCAGAGCACCUGGAUGUCACUGCUCUAAUGUUGUUUGGAAGAUCAAAAUUAAGAUUUACUAAAAAUCAGAUUUUGCUAUUUUGAGGUUUAGUGUUAGUUAGUAAAAAAAAAAAUAUUUGUAAAUUAACAAUCACCUGUUUGGAUAUAUAACAGGUGACUAUAUAUUUGGGAAACAGCAAUUAGCUACAGAACAAGACAAAGUUUAAGGACAGUUUCAACAGCAAAUAAAUUAAGUCACUGAUGACUUGAUGAAUCUAUUGGCUGGUGGAGUUCCAAAGCAAAUAUACAUAAAGUGAAAUGUGUGAAAUGCUCCAAAGGUAAAAAUGUGAUCCAAUAAACCUAGAGGGGGAAAUAAGCAUGUACUGCCAUCUUCUGGUGUGGUACUGAAAGUGCCUUGCUCAAACCAGAACCUUUAUCUUGAAAGGGCAGAAAAAUGUUUUAUACAAAGCAAUUUUUUCCUCAUUAUGUGUUGCUUCUCUUAUAAUUAUGGAUAACUAUUCCAUAAUUAUGAAAAAUUAAAAUGUAUGCAUUUCA